CAGCGAAGGGCAGAGCGGCAACAUGGCGGCACCCGGAGCUGGAGACCCAGUCGAAGGCAAAAGCGGAAAGGCCCCUCUGGCUCAGCGCAUCGACCCGACGCGGGAGAAGCUGACUCCUGCACAACUACAAUUCAUGCGUCAGGCGCAGCUCGCCCAGUGGCAGAAGACGCUGCCACAACGGCGGACCCGGAACAUCGUGACUGGCCUGGGCAUUGGGGCCCUGGUAUUAGCAAUUUAUGGUUACACCUUCUACUCGGUGUCCCAGGAGCGUUUCCUGGAUGAGCUGGAAGAUGAGGCCAAAGCUGCUCGAGCCCGAGCUCUGGAAAGGGCAUCAGGACACUGAUCCAGAUGGGCAUGGUGCAUCUCUAACCUGCUGGAUUCCCUUCACAUGAUGGAUGAUGCUCCAUGAUGCUGUAGAAAUUGAAGCCUGCGUUGCUGGCCUUCUUACUAACUUUGGACCAUGAUAGGGGUCUAAGUAGCCGCUUUGUGCAUCUGGCCAUUGUCAGGGGAACAACGCCCACCUAAUGUUGAUUCUGUGUGCCCACUGACCCCUUUUCCUAGUUGUUUCCUUGUUUGAAGUAUCCAUCUUGGUUUUUCCCAAGCUUUGACUUCAUGGUUUAAUCCUCUUAAACUCCCCUGGGGGCUGGUUUGGAGGGUGGAGGACAAGAGGUGGGCUAUUAUGAGGGUGGGUGUGGCAGCUCUGUGCAGUGUUGGAGCCUAAAGUGGGAAAGAUGGGGUCAGGUUGAAAAUAAUAAACGGAAUCAUUUCUCUCCAAGUCCAA